AUGGACACAAGAGACUGGGAAUAUCACUCGCUACCGGUUAUCUUCACCCAGCUAAUUCAAAGAAUUCAACCAGAACAAACUCUCGCCACGCAGACCCUGAUCCUCGCCCAUAGGAGAGAACUUGUUGAGCAGGCGGCAAGGCACUGUACCAAUGAAUAUCCCAACAGCACCGUGGAGAUUGAGAUGGGCUCCAUGCAUGCUUCCGGCACUGCAGACAUCACCAUUGCCAGCCUGCAAAGUAUCACGUCAGGGGACCGACUCAAAAAGUUCGACCCGCGAAGAUUCAAGCUCGUACUCGUCGACGAGGCGCACCACAUCGUAGCUCCAGGUUACAUGCGAGUCCUGCGGCACUUUGGACUCGAAAGUAAGAGAUUGGAUUCACCAUCCUUGGUUGGCGUGUCUGCCACCUUUUCUCGGUUCGAUGGUCUGAAGUUGGGCGCCGCUAUCGACCAGAUUGUCUAUCACAAGGACUAUGUUGACAUGAUUGGAGACAAGUGGCUGUCGGAUGUUGUUUUUACCACCGUGGAAUCGACGGCGGAUCUAUCUAGGGUCAAAAAUGGCGUCAAUGGCGAUUUCCAACAAGGGGAGCUGUCAAGAGUCGUCAACACGGACCAGAUCAACGAAAUCACCGUGCGAAGUUGGCUGGCCAAGGCAUCGGAUCGGAAAUCGACACUAGUCUUUUGCGUCGACCUCGCACACGUCGCUGGCCUGACGCAGACAUUCCGCAAACACGGCUAUGACGCAAGGUUCGUGACAGGAGACACACCCAAAGUCGAGAGAAGCGAGAUACUCGAGGCCUUCCGCGAAGGAAAGUUUCCUGUGCUCGUGAACUGCGGAGUCUUCACGGAAGGAACCGAUAUACCAAAUAUCGACUGCGUUAUUCUUGCUCGUCCAACACGAUCUCGGAACCUUCUUGUGCAGAUGAUCGGGAGAGGCAUGAGGCUACACAAGGGAAAGUCCGAUUGCCACGUCAUCGACAUGGUGUCCAGUCUUCAAACGGGUAUCGUGACCACACCGACGCUUUUCGGUCUGGACCCAAGCGAGCUUGUCAACAAGGCGUCUACGGUCGACUUACAGAAGAUGAAGGACAGGAAAGAGGCGGAGCAACUCCGGCAGGGCCACGCUUACUCCGAGACUCCUGCACUUCAACCUACUGCGUCUGCUGGAUCGGUAACUUUCACCGACUACGACUCCGUCUUUGACCUAAUCGAGGACACAUCUGGCGAAAAGCACAUACGGGCCAUUAGUCAGUAUGCGUGGGUCCAGGUCGGCCCAGACAAAUACGUUCUCUGUGCGCCAAACGGCUCGUACAUCCGACUCUCCCAACUAGAACCAAAACCCAACACCAACAGCGAGCGGCCCCUCCUCUGGCAAACCGUCGAGAUCCGUGCCCUACCCCCAGGCAUCGCCAAAUCCCCCUACGCCGCGCCCCGCGAGCUCCUCAAAGCCGCAACCUUUACCGACGCGGUCCACGGCAGCGACAAGUACGCCUCCGACUCUGAGGCAUUUCCUCAUGUCUUUAUCCAGCGCUACCAGCGCUGGCGCAAGGGCCCACCGACGCCGGGACAGCUCGAGUUUCUCAACAAGCUCCGGCCCAAGGAGGAGCCCCUGACGGCCGAUGACGUCGACAAGGGCAAGGCGACGGAUAUGAUUACCAAGAUCAAGCACGGGGCCAAGGGCAGGUUCGCGGGCAUCAUGACGGAGAAGCGGCGGGUCCAGCGGCAUCACGAUAAAAAGGCACAGCAGGAGGCGCGGGCACGGCAGGAGAAGGUCUCGGUUGGGCCUGUUGCUUCGUGA